GCACCCUCGAAUUGCGCGCCAUGUGAUGCGCUGCGGAAUGGCGGCAGCGACGGACAGCGGCAUUUGCGCCGAACGAGCAGCCAGUUGAAUGGUCACAGCACAGCCAUGCAGGACGAGCAGCAACAGCCCAAGCAUUUCUUUGAGUCGCCGGCAUCGACUGCGCGCAAUCACCCAAGCUCGCCAGGAGGGUCGAGUCGAGCGCACCUCAGAGGAAAAGACAUGCUAGCAGUCGAGAAGCGGCAGGCGACAGAUGUAUGGGUAUGCGACGCCAGCACGAGUACACAGCGACACGGCACGAGUCUUGCCCGAGAUCUUUGCGACGGCCUCUCCUCGCCCGAAGAGACUGUGCUGUCUCCCAUCUCCGGUCCGGGCGAGAGGAACAGGCCUUGGCCGAUGACCCGCACAGAGUCACACGACCAGCGACGAAGGAGACAAGCCACUCUGCUCAAGCCAGUCUCCGCUGGAGCUGACUCGCCCCUCAUCUCGCCUCUCCACCUCGGACAGGCCGUACGCAUCGGGGCCGGCUCGACCGGACCCUCUUCGUUCUGCCCCACGCCGGCGGCUGAGCGAGAUCGAGAGGUGGACGAGAGAGCUCAGGCUGCACUCGCUCGCGGUCUAGAGCAAAGUCUGAUGCUCAGAUCCGAGGAGAGCCCGAGGUCUGUGGUGCGUAAACCCAUCAGGUCUCCCUCACCCCGCGAAUCGCCUCGCCCUUCCCGCUCAAAUUCGACGAGCUCCCUCGCAAAGGCAAGUCCGAGCCAGAAUCACAAGCAGCAGCGCCCUGUGCUCGUCAUACCCUCGUCACGCGUACGAGCUAGCCCCGCAGCAGCACAAGCGCAAGCCAGCCGCGCAUCAGCGGUCAAGAAAGUCCUGUGCCUGUCAGAGACGGAGAGUGACUGCUCGCCCGCCAUGGCGCCACUGUCCAGCUCAUAUACCUACUCGAGUCCUUUGCGGACACCAGGAGCUGCCUCCGAGGCAGGGACGGGCAAGACGACUGCCUAUGCUGCCUACAAGGACGGCUCUCUCAACACGCCCGCCAAUUCGCCUGUCGUCCACAAGGCAGUCUCUGGCAGCGCUGGCCGACUGCAGGCAGACCGCGUCGAUCAACGGGGCAGGCGUACUUCCAGGGGCGAGCAGACUGAGCGACGGUCCAUCGAACUGAUGAGACGCAAUAUUGAGUGAUAGCAGACAUGUGACAUGCACGUUAAUGAUACCAUGACCACGCGCACGGGCGAGAUUGAAGAGAUGAGAUGAGCAAUUCGGCGACACAGUGACGCCAGCGUCCCCCCCUGUCAGAGCGAUACCCCACAACGGACGACGGUGCAGACUUGACGACGCUCACGCAGAGGCAGGUCUGCGUUUGCGUGCGCCGUAGCUCUGCGUUUGUGGAAUCGUUACCACACCGCCGGACCCGCCUGCGACCGGUUUGAUGUUUGCGAGCUACAAGAUUGUCUGCCUGGGCGAUGGCGGUGUCGG